AUGAUGAAAACUAUUUGGAAAAGUUUUGAAUUAACCCAAUAUUUAAAAAUUGCUUUUGAAUAUAACGAAUACGAUGGUAAUUUAAAUAUAUUUUUGAAAAAUGAUCAUGUUAAUGAACAACAAUCGUCAUGUAAGUUUGUCAGUUUAAUCGCGAACAAUAUCCAUAAUUGGGAAUUAGAGUCAAAUAUAAAAUGUAAACAUCAUAAUAGAAAUGAUAUUAUCGUAUUAGAUCAUAUUCUGACAGAUAAUGUCGAUGAUUACGUCACUAAACAGCAUGUUAUUAAUUCAGCUGUUCUAGAUUCACCACUAACAACACAAAUUAGUUCCAUUGAACAGUGUAUUGACAAUGUAACACAACAAUCAGAUAAUUACAUUGUUCAACAAGAAAAUAUAAAUUAUACACAACAAGAAGAACAACAAUGUGAAGUAUUGUAUAUGCAAUUGGCUACUCUCUUCGUUUAUGACGAUGAAUUGAAACAAGAACAAAAAAAAUUAUAUCCAUAUGAAAUGAAUUAUCCGUUUGAUACUGAUGAUUAUGAUUUAUCUAAUUCAUCUUUGACUCCGUCUGAUGAUGGAUAUGCAAGCGUGGAGGAAAAAAUUCACGAACAUCAUUGUACAUCUACUCUAGUAAAACAAAACAAAAAAGAAUUAAUACUAUACGAAAGAGAGACUCUCGUCCAAAAUAUUUUAUAUCAAAAUUUAGAUAAAUUUUUCUAUAUACGUCGAUUUGUAUCCAACUUAUUAUGGUUAAAACCACUACAACACACAGUCUUAACGAUGAUGAGUUGA